ACUGACGACUCCGCGUUUUACAGACGGCGCUCAGCAAUUUGGAGGAGAUGCAGCACAACUCCAUGGUGUACCGCAACAACGAGAGAGGCAGGAGCAUGGGCGUCGGGCCGAUGCGAUCCCGUCCGAUGGAGAAGAGGCACGACACGUCGCCGUACAGCGGCGUCCCGUAUCUCUCGCCACCGCCACCGGACACGUGGAGAAGAACGAAUUCAGAUUCGGCUCUCCAUCAAAGCGCCAACGAAGCCUGCCAGUCGGCCACCACCAUCCCCCAUCGACGAGAUCAGCACGCCAUAAGCGGGUCCGGCAGCGACAACAGAGACCUGCAUUACGGAUUCAUCGAACGGCCAAGAUCGUCCUGUGAAAUACCUCGAGUGCCUGGAAGCAACAUAGAUCCGAGCUCUCAGCCACCGGGUCAGCAAAUUCCCAUAGGCAACACACGAUCGCUACCCGACCUGGUGCAUUUCCCGUCGGACCAAGAGGAUCACUCGAGCAGUACGCCAUUCAGCAACAGUCGUCAAACGAGCAGUCCCACAAACCUGUCGCCAACCAGCUUGCCCCAAGCUGGGAGGUUGUCCUUCCCGCAGGAUCAGACCGGCGCCCAAGGUGUGGCGCUAGAAAACAGCACAAGUACUUCGCAACAGGAUCUUCAGAGCUACUCGCAGCAACCGGUGCCUCAGCCACCAACGGCGACGUCCCACUACAUUUAUCAGCAACCGCACAGUCCUGUGCCACCGCAAAGCCCAAAGUCGUCGCAGCAACCGCAGCUCAACUCCUUAGGCUCGUACAGGUCGUCGCAGCAGGUGAACAGGCCAUCGCCGCAGUCGUCGCCCGGGUUGACGAUCCAAGGCAGCCCGUUGAGUUACAGCAAUAAUCCGUCGGCGCCCCCUAGUCCCACGGGGCAUCCAGGCCCGCCGAACUUGACGGAGAACAUCGACCAGAACAGCUACUUCCUGAACCAGGCGCAGGCAGCCGCGCUCCAGCAGGACUUCGAGCAGUUCACGAUGGAUUGGCCGAAAUUCGCGCAGCAGCUCAUGGAACUUGGUUGCACCUGGAGCACGCAGAUAGAGAUGGACACGCCCGUGCCGACCAACAUGAUUGGAACGUAUAUCGGUUCGCCGAAUCACACCACGAAUUACACGCAGAACGACGCGAUGAACGUCGGCGGUGAGCUGGGCAACGCGGAUGCCGGAUAUUUCAGCACGAGUCCCCAAGUGCCGUAUCAGCCUACGACAACAACCACCACCAGCAACAACACCACCACCACCCAGCAACUCACACCUCAAACGCCCAACACACCAACGAUCAUCCUCACUGACUUUUCCGGGGCGGACGACCUCACGAAUCCAGAGUUCGUGAAAGACCUCGGCACGGCGAUGAUGGGCGACUUCGACCCUGAUCUCUUCCCGUCGGACGACGCAUUGAGACAGGGCCUCGACCCCAUCGAUAUGGAUGGUCUGCAAAUGCUCACCGACCCGACCAUGGUUAUAUCCGAUCCCAGCGCCGAAGCCCAUUUUAGGCGGGAUCGACUCUAAGGCGAGACACUUUACAACUCAUUUUCGAUUAUGCGCUGACUAUAUUACGUAGGGAAUAUACAAAAUUCUUAUCUUUGUCCUGGUGUCGCGAAUUUGAUUCUUGGGACACUUUGACAAAUGGGACAACGACGAGUCUUGUUGCUCGCGGCCGUCGACCACACACGUUUCCAACGUUGAAGCCGUUGUUUUUUCUUUUUUUUUUUCUUCUUCUUCUUCCUUUUCUUCUACGAACGCAGCAAUCAAGCCAACCACUGUCAUCUUCGUUGUCGAGAGAAGAAGAAAAAAAAAGAAAAAGAAAGAAAAAGGAAAGAACGUAAAUACGUCGUAGCUCGACGAAAGAUCGAUGCGUUUAUUCGUUCUCCGCUCGGAAACGCUACGAUCCAGGACGGAUAAACCAACGAGAAACCAGAAUCACCGCGAAAUGGCGCGCGCGCGCGCACGAGCGCAAUCGGCCAGAAAAAGCGUGUGCUCGCGUUGGAAUCGACCGAGGCCGACACUGGUGUCCCGUUUCGUGAUAAAUCGUUAAUUGAAAAUUAAGUAAUACAAAUCUUUAUUAACCCUUUUUUUAUUUUAUACUACUUUGUACAUUGUAUCAUGUAUGAUCUCUAAGAAGCACAAAAACAAAAUGUCUACUGAUUUAUACAUGCUUUUGUCAUAUACGAUCCUAGCGAGGUAAAAGAAAAAAAAAAGAAAAAAAGAAAAAAAGGAAAAAAAAGAACAAAAAAAGAAAAGAAGCGAGGAAAGAUACUGCUGUCUAGAUGAAAAUUAACGUUUAGCGGAGGUGAUAUAAUGGAGAGAGAAGAAA